AUGUCAGUGGUGUCCUGUGGGGGGACACAGGGUGUCCCAGAACAUGUGUCCACGCUUCGCCGCCGGCUCUCCAUCCUGAAAGGGAACUCAGCUCCCUGCCCCCCAGGAAGCCACACGGGUGCUCUGUUCGCACAGGUGUUUGAGUGGAGCUCCUCUGAGGACGAGGACCCGCCUUCCGCGUGGAGAGCCGCGGGGGCCGUUCUGAAGCACAGCACCCCCGCGGAGGGCUUCCCUGGCCGGAGCCGGAGCCCGCGGGGUCCCAGGUCCUACCGCCCGGGAAGGGGCCCUGGAGACGGGUCCCCGCGGCCUGGGCGUGCCUCCCGGGACCUGCCGUCCCCCGUCCUCCGAAGGCAGCGGCUUUCUACCAUCUGGGCCUCCGAGGAGUCCAGUGUGCAGCCGGGGCCCGACCGCAGCCCCCAGGCGCCAGAGGGGGAGCCACCCGGGCCCACCGAGGUCCCCCACCCGCGGCGGCCACAGCCCCAGCGAAAGGCGAAGCCGGGAGAGCCCCCGGGGAGCUGGAGAAGAGGCCAAGGGCUGCCCGGGAUCUCUGACACCACCGGGCGGAGGCGCCGGGACCUGAGGAAGCUGGCGGCUGUGACGGAGCGCGUGAGGCAGUGGGAGGCCCGCCAGCUGCAGAGCAUCGAGGAGGCCACACAGCACGACCUCACGGUGCAGGACGAGUGA